AUGUCUGAUAUGGAGGAUGAAACCCCGCUUACCCUGGAGGACAGGAAGGAUGGCAAGAAUAUAUCCGCCAUUGAGGGGAAACUAUCCACACCCCAGCAACACACUGUCACCAAAGCCAAGGACAGCCUUACGGCCAAACAGCGUGCACGUAUCCACAAGCACUACAAGUCCGUGCUUGGCAGCGAAUCAUCAAGUACCAGCAACAACGUGAGUGACAACUUGUCAGACAGCAAGUCAGAAGAAGCUCCACCCACCCAAGACAAGGGCAAGGGUGUAGACCCCAAGAAUUGGGGAGCGUCAGAGCUUUCCAAAAAUGAAAUAAAUCCCCAUGUGGACACUGAUAACAAAGACAACAUCCCGGAACUGCAGGACAUAUCAGAUGAUGAGGACGAGGAUGGAGAUUUCCAUAUCCCUCACAACAUCAUUGAUAAGAUCAACAGGAUGCGUACCUCACUGAAGUCACACAUUGCACAGCUCAAAGGCAAGCACGCAAAGAAAACUGCCAAGGGCGAGACAAAGAAAGUAGCUUCCGAGCCAGCCCCAGGGCCCUUGGAUGAUAACAACCAAGACAGACUUGUGAACAUUGAAGCUGAAGACUGCAAUUUGGAUAUGCUGGAUGAAGGGGAGCAGCAGCAGCAGCAGCAAGGGGAUAUGCAACCAGAGAGCAAGCAUGGGGAUGAGGAAGGCAAGGGUGAGCAUGGAGGUGGUAAAGACAAAGAGGAAGUUCUUCAGCAUGCCCAGAUUCAUGCAAUGCAACCAGACUAUGAGGUUGAGGAGGACUGCUGUCCACCUACUCCCUCACCUGCCUCCAAGGAUCUGCUUCUGCCACCUCCCUCCAACAACCAUGCCCUUUUGACUUACACAGAGGAGAAUGCCGGAGCUCUUUCAAACUGCUGCACUCAAAAAUGCAUGCACUACUGA